AUGUCUGCUGAGCAGGCGUACACAGGCACAGGCACAGGCACAGGCACCCACACACACAGUCCCUUAUUAUCAGACUUGUUAAGCAUAUUAAAAUUAGAUACUUUCAGAAAUCGAAUUUCAGCGAUUCUAACCAUUGGUAUUAAGCUGCAAAUGAUUAUGUGUGUGCUGCCCUCCAGGAUUUACAAGACCAAUCACACUUUCAUGUCACAAACCAAUAAUUUUAAUAUCGUUUUACUUGCUCAUCCUAUUAGUUUCUGGUCUGUGCUACGAUUGGCAGAACAGAUUAUCAGGGGUUUCUACACAGCUGGUCAAUGUUUCAAAGUAAAUCUCGCUAAAAAUAAUGAAAUGAUGAAAGAAGUGGUUCAAUGUAUUUUGAUGCAACUAAUGACUGUAAUGAAUAUUCUUAAAGGCCUUAAGAAAUUGGCACAGUUAGGAAUAUAUACAAACCUUCUUUAUUUUCUUUUCUUUUUCUCAUACUCCAAAAGCGGCCAAAAAUUUAGGGUAUUCAUGGUAGCAAGGGGAGAUAUCCAUUGUGUAAAAAGACUCGGUGCCCUUGGAUAG